CAAAUUUAUUUUUAUAAAUUAAAAUUUUACACAUAACAGUUUUUUUAAUCAAAAUAAGAUUUAUAAUAUUUUAAAAGUAGAAUUAGACAACAAGAAUAUUAAAAAAAACCUUAAUUUUUUUAAGAAGAUAUAUACAUGAAGACAUAAUUAUUACACAAAUUUAAUAUUACAACAACACUAUUAGUCUAGUAAAAAAUUUCGAAAUAAUGUGCUAUUUUUCUUGUAGUUUAAUAUUUAAUUAUGUAUUUCUAUUUAUAAUUUUAUAUAUUAAGUGUAAGAUUUUAUUAAUUAAUAUUAUUAUAAUAUUUUUAUAUAUAUGCUAAUUAUUUACAAAAUUUUUAUGGAUUUAUAUUAAUUAUGACAAAUAUAAGGAGCAUAGUAUAAAUUAUAAAUAAUUUUGAAAUUAAAUUUGAAGUUUUGCUUUUGGACAAGAACAUAUUAAAACUUCAAAAUAUAGAGUUUGCAAAACUUUAUAAUACAUAAUUUUUUUUGUAAAUGCUCUAAUGGUUGACAAAAAAAAAUCUCUUAAUGAAGUUGCGCUAAGAUACUCAUCACCUCUUGCCAAGCAGAAACAAAACAACGGAACUAUAAUGAUAGCUUUAGGGGGCGAUUUGUUUAACAAAAGACGAGCAACUCUACAGGUUUAUGCUUAUCUCAAUAGUCAAAUACAAAGAAGAUCACAUGUGCGAUUCGUUGUGAAGUGUUUUAUUAGAAAAUAAACUUUCACAAAUCAACAGCUGUGAGUACCGCUUUGGGUUUGAUUCUCCUUAGCCAUCUGAAGCGCCUUAAGUGAUUAAAAAACGUGGAUAUUUCGAAUCUCGUAUUGAUUAGUCUUUAGACCUAGAAAACCUUUGAAAACACACUACACUUAUAAAAAAAAAAAAAAAAACAGGCAACAGCCAAAAAUCCAUAAAUAUUUUAUGGAGCCUACACAAUCAGGGUCGGCAUGUAAUUUAACACAUAAGUUUUAUACUUCAAUUAUUUCUCGUUAUUUUAAUUUAUAGUUUUAUGGACUAUUAGUUGGUAGUUGGUAUCAACGUCAUCUCACCUUCUCUCCUUCAACGUGAAAACCAACUUCAAAGAAGAAGAAGAGAGCAAAAGGAAAAAUCAUGGAGGUUGAGAGAGACCAAACUGUAUCCUCACCAACGGUCCCUAUCGUUGAUCUAAGCAACCUCGACAAAGAGCUAGUGGCACGUGCGGUUGUGAAGGCGAGCCAAGAGUGGGGGGUUUUUCAGGUGGUGAAUCAUGAGAUCCCCAAGGAACUUAUCCAGAGCUUAAAGAAGGUUGGGACACAUUUCUUUGAGCUCUCAUCAGAGGCGGAGAAGGAAGCCGUGGCGACGCCAGCAAAUUCCAAAGACAUCCAAGGAUACGUUACAAACAGCCAACAAGAUGUAGAAGACAAGGUUGAUCGAGUUGAUCAUCUCUUCCAUAAUUUAUCGCCACCCUCUUCGAUUGAUUACAGAUACUGGCCAAAAAAUCCUCCAGAAUACAGGCAGGUGAAUGAGGAGUAUGCAAGACAGGCGAAGAAGCUCGCAGAAAAGAUUUUGGGUUGGUUAUCCGAAGGAUUAGGGUUAGAUCGUGAGGCUUUGUUCAACCAAGGUUUUGGAGGUGGCAAAAAGGCAGUUUAUACGAUGAAGAUAAACUACUAUCCGCCGUGUCGUCCACAAGCAAAUUUAGUCCUUGGAAUGCAACCUCACACAGAUAUCCACGGGUUGACAAUUCUGGUCCCCAAUGAGAUUCCUGGACUUCAGGUGUUUAAGGAUGACCAAUGGUUCGACGUGGAGUAUAACCCAUCUAUCAUCAAUAUUCUUAUCGGCGAUCCGAUCUGGAGAAUGAGCAACGGGAAGUACAAGAACGUGUUGCAUAGAACGACUUUGAACACGGAGAAGACGAGGAUGUCUUGGGUUGUUCUCUUGAAGCCGCCUUAUGAUAUGGUCAUUGAACCUUUGAUGAAGCACACAGGAGAUGGCGACGAGGCUCCCAAGUUUAAGCCCAUUACUUACGGGGAGCACGUAGAACGCAAGGUCAGGGAUAAACUUCAAAAGCGGUCAUGAGUGGGUCGUUGUUGAUUUGAUGUUGUCUCAUGUUUUUUUUUUUCUGACAAUUCGUCGUUUCUUCAAUGUUUUUUCUUAAUUUGU